UCCGCCCCCAGGCGCGGCCUGAGAGCCGCGGGGAAGAGCUUUACCGCACUCACAGGCAGCGCUGGGCAGAAAGCGGCGGGAGAGGCGGUCGUGGCAAGAUGGAUGCAGGUUCAGACCCCGUGGUCAUCGUCUCGGCGGCGCGGACUGUCAUAGGCUCAUUCAAUGGUGCCUUAUCUACUGUGCCUGUCCAGGACCUGGGCUCGGCUGUCAUCAAAGAAGUCCUGAAAAGGGCCGCAGUGGCUCCGGAAGAGGUUUCCGAGGUUAUAUUGGGACAUGUUUUGGCAGCAGGUUGUGGGCAAAAUCCUGCCAGACAAGCCAGUAUAGGUGCAGGGAUUCCAUACUCUGUUCCAGCGUGGAGCUGCCAAAUGAUCUGUGGGUCAGGCCUAAAAGCUGUGUGUCUUGCAGCCCAGUCUAUAGGGGUUGGUGACUCCAGCAUUGUGGUUGCAGGAGGCAUGGAAAGUAUGAGCAAGGCUCCUCAUUUGGUUCACUUGAGAACAGGAGUAAAAAUGGGGGAGAUGCCGCUGGCUGACAGUAUACUCUGUGAUGGUCUGACAGAUGCAUUUCACAACUAUCAUAUGGGUAUCACAGCUGAAAAUGUAGCCAAAAAAUGGCAAGUGAGUCGAGAAGAUCAGGACAAGGUUGCAGUUCUGUCCCAGAACAGGACAGAGAAUGCACAGAAAGCUGGCCAUUUUGACAAAGAGAUCGUACCAGUAUUUGUAUCUUCUAGAAAAGGUCUCACUGAAGUUAAAACAGAUGAGUUUCCUCGCCAUGGGAGUAACCUUGAAGCCAUGUCCAAGCUAAAGCCCCACUUUGUUACGGAUGGAACAGGAACCGUCACCCCAGCUAAUGCUUCAGGAAUAAAUGAUGGUGCAGCAGCUGUGGUUCUCAUGAAGAAGUCAGAAGCUAACAAUCGUGGGCUUUCACCUUUAGCAGAGAUUGUUUCUUGGUCACAAGCAGGUGUGGAACCUUCCAUCAUGGGAAUAGGACCUAUUCCAGCCAUAAAGCAAGCUGUUGCAAAAGCAGGCUGGUCCCUGGAAGAUGUUGAUCUGUUUGAAAUUAAUGAAGCCUUUGCAGCUCUCUCUGUUGCAAUAGUUAAAGAACUUGGAUUAAACCCAGAGAAGGUCAACAUUGAGGGAGGGGCCAUCGCCUUGGGCCAUCCUCUUGGAGCAUCUGGCUGUAGAAUUCUUGUGACGCUGUUACACACGUUGGAGAGAACUGGUGGAACCCGUGGUGUUGCUGCCCUGUGUGUGGGAGGUGGGAUGGGAAUAGCAAUGUGUGUUCAGAGAGGAUGAAAUACUUAACAACCACACUGUUUAAAGCAACCUGAACUUUUUAAACUAAUAAAGUUUGUGAUACCAAAGUGAGGUAUCAAAACAGAAGUUGAUAGCAUGCUGUACUUUAAUGUAUAAUACUCAAGGUACAAGACAUUGCAUUUAACAUUGUUAUAAAUAAAAGGGAGAUUCAGAUCAGUCA